AUGCAAUCCGAGAACAGAUCGAGCGAGAUAGAUAUCAAUGAGCAGACCAGUCUCUCAACACCGCGUGCUCAAGGAACCGGCACCUCUAAGGACAGUGACACAAGUAAUCAGGACAGCACAAACAGAGUGCUAGGCAUCUUCACGGCCGCGAAACGAGAUGGCAGGCCAAUCAACGUCUCUGCCCCGAUGGUCCGCUACUCCAAACUCCCCUUCCGUCUAGUGGCGAGAGAAUAUGGCACAGACAUAGCAUACACUCCCAUGAUCCUGGCCCACGAGUUCAUCCGCAGCCAGAUCGCACGAGAUAGCGACUUCACAACUUCACCACUGGAGAGACAACCGACAUCUGAUGGACGGCAACAUGCUCUGAUAGCACAAUUCGCUAGCUCUGAUCCUGUCGAAUUGGCGCGGGCGGCAGAGAUAAUCGCACCGUGGGUUGACGGCGUAGAUUUGAAUUGCGGCUGCCCUCAAAGCUGGGCGAUGAAGGAAGGAAUAGGCUGUUCACUCAUGUCUAAUCCGGACCUGGUGGUCGAAAUGGUACGAGCGGCGAGAAAACGACUCAACCCAUUACAAAGCGUCAGCGUCAAGAUUCGAAUUCACAAGGAUCUGAGCGAGACCAUCGCUUGGGUCAAAACUGUGCAGGAAGCAGGCGUGACGUACAUCACUGUCCAUGGACGGACACGAAGUCAGCGCUCUAGCACCCCACCGGAUUAUGAGGCUAUACGGCAGCUGCGACAACAUAUCCACGUUCCUGUAGUUGCGAAUGGAGACGCUUAUACACUUGCGGACGUUCACAAGAUUGCUAAGCUGACGGAGGCGGAUGGUGUCAUGGCCGCUCGUGGUAUACUUGAGAACCCUGCGAUGUUUGCCGGACAUGAUGUUACGCCUGCCGAGUGUGUGCACCGACUGUUGGGCUAUUGCAUGAGAUGCCCAAUGCCUUUCCCACUGGUGCUGCAUCAUGUCAGCGAGAUGACUGCACGAAUGCCCGGCAUGAACAAAAAGGAGAAGAGACGAUUAAUGGAAUGUCAGGAUUUACUUGACCUGGUCGAUUAUGUUGAGACCAGCUGGGGUGCUUAUGAUCUGGUCCACAUAUCUGACCACAAAGGACCUUGA